AGUUGAUCAUGGACAGUAUCCAUUAUAUGUUCAACCCGCCAAGCAGUUUGCAGUUGCUAUAUAACAAGGUGCAUGGCAUUGUUAACUACGUGGAUAUGUUGCAAGAAAGCAGUCAUAACAAGGUGGCCGUAUAUCGAAGCGGGGACACAGAAAAUUACUGCACGUUCCUAUCUCGGCUACUGGUGUGCAUACAGAAGGGUGGCAAAUCGCUUUCUACCACUGUAUCUUUUGUUCAGUUUUCAUCUCAAAGUGAAAUUGUAGCUCGUGUAAUUAAAAGGAUUUGUGAGAAAAAGGAAAGGAAUGUUCUUGCCUUUGGUUAUGGGCUAGUAGAUGAAAACCGCUUGUCGCAUGUUAAGUUUGCUCCAAAUAUUUGUGUUUUUUUCCCAAAUACAACAACAGAAACUGUAAGCAACAGCAUACUGUGGGAGACUCUUCUCAGCCGGAUAGGUGAUGAUGUUAUGAUGCAUUUGCUUGAGAACUGUUCACUGUUUAUGCUAGUCCCACCAAGCUGCUGUUACCAAAUAAGUGGACAACCAAUAUAUAACAUUACAAAUGAUCAUCAUUGUUGUCCUGCAUGGGUCAAACAAAGGCAUGAUACAAUUUCCGAAAAUGUUUUAUUUAAUUAUGUUCAAAAGAAAAUUUCACCAUUUAAAAACUGUUCUUUAAAGAAAAGAAAACUAUCAAAUAAAACUACUAACAAAGCACGGCAGAUGCAUGUGAAACAUAUGGAAAAACACAAAGACAUUGAAGGGUGUCAAUACUGGAGUAGUCAUACAUUGCAAAGAAGCAAGAAAAACCUCUUGGAGAUGACAGCACCGUUCAGAAUUUUGAAACGGCAGAGUAUGGAUAUUUAUAAUAUUUCUAAGAAAUGCAGGAGACUGAUGCAUGAUAGCGAGUCAAAGACUUUGUCGUUUGUUGAUAUGGAUCUUAAAUCCAAGGGACUUAUAGAAAAUUGUCACCCAUUUUUAACUCCUGAUCAUUAUUUUGACAGCUAUACAAAAUGUCUCCUUACCAGCACAUAUGGGUCACAUCAAAAGUAG